AUGUCUUCUUACACAGAACGUCUGACCCUCGAAGGGAAAUCUUUCUUCUAUCUUGGAAACGAAAAGGUUCUCACGCACAUGGCCCCGUCAACCAUCAUCAGAAUGUCGACAAAAGAGAACUUGAACACGGGGCCGCCAGCGUUUCUCCCGGCGAACGCCAACCAUCCGAGAGUUGCUACUAUAUCAAAGAAAACAUCUGUUUUGAGAGAAAUGCCAGAUCCGUCAUCUUCCGCCAGAUACAGACUCCUUGAUGUCUUCCAGGAUAUCCACAAAUGCACAGAGCUUGCUGUCGAAAUACGCCCUGGCAAGGUUGACCUUUUCACUGCCCGUCCCUUGGUUGGCUCUAGCAUUGGGUCUGACAGCGAUCCUGAAACUGUAGGCACCCUUGGAGGGUUUGUGAAUCUCAUUAAUGCAAGUGGAAAUAUUGUGGCCGAGUGUGCUCUUACAUCUGAGCAUGUUGUAAGACCUUACCUAAAGGCAGCAGAUACGAAGCAAAUGGCACAGCCAAUGGCAACUUGUUUAGAUUCGUAUCUCUUCGCUGCCAACAAUGCAGAGGAAGAGCAACCCAUUUAUUGCUUCAGUCCUAGUCUGUCCACUCAUCUAGAGGAUGUAUCCCACAGCAAAAAACAACUUGUACAGCUAGGCGCGGACAUACUUGCAUACAAACAUAGUAACAACGAGGAGGCUUUUCCACAAAGCGAGCUACGACAAUUGAGGCAACAGCGCAGCAAAAUCCAGAGAGAUACUACCAGAGCAAUUGUUAGUGAUAGAAUUCUAGGCACGGUGUAUGCUUCUUCUGGAUAUGCAUUUUCACGCCACUAUCAUCGUCUCGACUGGGCACUGGUUCAAGUUGACAGUGAUCGGCUUUUUAGCGCUCGACGCAAUAAAGUUCAGGACCGCAGUGGUCAGCAGCUAGAUUCACGUCAAAUUUUGGGUUCAUUGAAGCCUGAACGGAACGCUAAGGUAUACAAGCAAGGGUGUGCGACUGGAGUUACAGACGGAGUAGUCAACCCGCUCCAGAGCUAUGUAGCCACUUAUGACGCUGACGGGAUGCGAUCUGUCACUUCCGAGUGGUGCAUUAUUCCAGAGGACUGUGAUACCUUUGCUGGGCCAGGGGAUUCUGGAUCGCUUGUCUUGCAGAGGGAUUCAGCCAAUGUGAUGGGGAUGGUAUUUGGAGGCCACGUCAAAGAGGGGAAAGGGGGUCCAGCUUAUUUCACCUCGAUUACCGCAAUUACCACUGAUAUCGAGAAAGUCACUGGGUGGAGGACUCAGCUUGCAGGAGGAAAAUUCAUCAACAGGUCUGUUAUGGCCCGGCCCAUUUCCGAGAGUGCGUUAGAAGAUGAGAAUGAGAAUGAGGGAUAG